CCUCUUGAGAAUGGCCCAGAAGGAGAACGCCUACCCGUGGCCCUACGGCUCGCAGACGUCUCAUCCGGGCCUGAACACCCUGCCCCAGAGGGUCCUGCGGAAGGAGCCUGCUGUGACAUCUGCCCUCGCCCUCAUGAACCGGUCCAAUGUCCAGUCCACAGCUGCCCCUGGCCAGAAGUUGGCUGAAAAUCACCGAGCUAGCUGUGCCUUCCCCCCCACCUUUCUAAUCAGGCGGACCCUCACUAUUGAUGACUUUGAGAUUGGACGUCCUCUGGGCAAAGGCAAAUUUGGAAAUGUAUACUUGGCUCGGGAGAAGAAAAGCCAUUUCAUCGUGGCUCUCAAGAUCCUCUUCAAGUCUCAGAUUGAGAAGGAGGGAGUGGAGCACCAGCUUCGCCGGGAGAUUGAAAUCCAGGCACAUCUGCAACACCCCAACAUUCUUCGGCUCUACAACUACUUCUAUGACCGGCGGAGGAUCUACUUGAUCCUGGAAUAUGCCCCGAGGGGAGAGCUCUACAAGGAACUACAGAAGAACCGAACUUUCGAUGAGCAGCGGACAGCCACGAUCAUGGAGGAACUGUCGGAUGCGUUGAUGUACUGCCACAAGAAGAAGGUGAUUCACAGAGACAUAAAACCUGAGAAUCUGCUGUUAGGUCUCCAGGGGGAGCUGAAGAUUGCGGACUUCGGCUGGUCUGUGCAUGCCCCUUCCCUGAGGAGGAAGACCAUGUGUGGCACCCUGGACUAUCUGCCCCCAGAGAUGAUUGAGGGGCGCAUGCAUAACGAAAUGGUAGAUCUGUGGUGCAUCGGGGUGCUCUGCUAUGAACUGAUGGUGGGAAACCCACCCUUCGAGAGCCCUAGCCACAGUGAAACAUACCGUCGGAUUGUCAAGGUGGACCUGAAGUUCCCCCAUUCUGUGCCUGAGGGGGCCCAGGACCUCAUCUCCAAGCUGCUCAAGCAUAACCCCUCAGAACGGCUGCCCCUGGCCCAGGUCGCUGCUCACCCUUGGGUCCGGGCCCACUCUCGGAGGGUCCUGUCUCCCUCUGCCCUUUAG